GGCCGGCCCCGGCCCCGCAGCGCUGGCAUGAGGGUGGCGAGGCCGGGCCCCCAGCACCAGGAACUUGGAAUAAGAAUUCCUAGACCACUGGGACACGGACCAAGCAGAUUCAUCCCCGAGAAGGAGACGAUUCAAGUGGGAAACGAAGACGCCAUGAUGCACGCGCUGUUUGCAGAUUCUUUUGCUACGCUGGGCCGAUUGGACAAUGUUACCUUGGUGAUGGUUUUCCACCCACAGUAUCUUGAAAGCUUUCUAAAAACUCAGCACUAUCUACUGCAAAUGGAUGGUCCUCUCCCGCUUCAUUACCGACACUACAUCGGGAUAAUGGCUGCGGCACGACAUCAGUGCUCUUACCUUGUUAACCUCCAUGUGAAUGACUUCCUUCAUGUCGGUGGAGACCCUAAAUGGUUGAAUGGUCUGGAAAAUGCACCUCAAAAACUGCAAAAUUUAGGAGAACUGAACAAAAUGUUGGCUCACCGACCCUGGCUUAUCACCAAGGAACAUAUCGAGCAACUUUUGAAGACUGAAGAGAACAGCUGGUCCCUGGCAGAGCUGAUCCACGCGGUCGUCCUCCUUACACAGUACCACUCCCUUGCUUCCUUCACGUUCGGUUGUGGAAUCAGCCCGGAGAUCGACUGCGAAGGUGGUCACACCUUCAGGCCCCCUUCUGUCGGUAACUAUUGCAUAUGCGAUAUUACAAAUGGUUACCACGGGGCGGAUGAAAUUCACGCCAGCCCAACUGGAAGUAUUCCAGUAAGUAAGUCUGUCUGUGAAGUUGAAGCUCUUAUGGAGAAAAUGAAGCAGCUACAGGAGUGUAGAGAUGAAGAGGAAGCCAGCCAAGAAGAGAUGGCUACACGUUUUGAAAGAGAGAAGAGAGAAAGCAUGUUCGUGUGUUCUUCAGAAGAUGAAGAAUCGGCACCAGCCAGAGAUGUGUCUCGUCACUUUGAGGAUACCAGCUAUGGUUACAAAGACUUCUCCAGACACGGAAUGCACGUGCCCACCUUUCGUGUUCAGGAUUAUUCCUGGGAAGACCAUGGCUAUUCCUUGGUUAAUCGUCUUUACCCAGAUGUGGGACAACUGCUUGAUGAGAAGUUUCAUAUUGCUUAUAAUCUGACUUACAACACAAUGGCCAUGCACAAAGAUGUGGAUACCUCAAUGCUAAGACGAGCUAUUUGGAACUAUAUUCAUUGUAUGUUUGGAAUAAGAUACGAUGAUUAUGACUAUGGUGAAAUUAAUCAGUUGUUGGACCGCAGCUUUAAAGUUUAUAUCAAGACUGUGGUUUGCACUCCUGAAAAGACCACAAAAAGAAUGUAUGAUAGCUUCUGGAGGCAGUUUGAACACUCUGAGAAGGUCCAUGUAAAUUUGCUUCUGGUAGAAGCUCGGAUGCAAGCCGAACUACUUUACGCUCUGAGAGCUAUUACUCGCUAUAUGACCUGA